AUGGCGACGGUGGACCCGACCUGCAUGGUUGUGAAGGCGCUCGCCCUUCUUGACUCGGACGGAAAGAGGAUCGUCGUUAAGUACUACACGCCCGAAUGGUCGACUGUCACUCAGCAGGCAGAAUUUGAGAAAUCGCUCUUCAGCAAGACCUGCAAAACGAACGCCAGGGGGGAAGCCGAGAUCAUUCUGUUCGAUGACCUCGUUGUCGUGUACAAGAGCCUUGGGGACCUGACCUUCUACGUCACGGGCUCGCAGUCCGAAAACGAGCUUGUCCUGUGUGGUGUCCUGCAGGCCUUCUAUGAGUCCGUCACUUUGCUUCUGAGGAGUGCUGUGGAGAAGAAGACUGCUCUGGAAAACCUCGAUCAAGUUUUGCUUGUGAUGGACGAGAUCGUGGACAAUGGGUUGAUACUGGAGAUGGACCCCCAAACAGUUGCGGCACGGGUUGGCAUGCGCUCAGGUGAUGGAGCCGAAGUGCCUUUUGCAGAGCAGACCUUCUCUCAAGCUUUCGCCAGGGCAAAAGAACACCUUGCGCUCGGGAACUGGACAAUGCAAAAAUGA